UAUUAAUUGUCAGAAUAAUUCAAACCCAAUUUGCUGUUGCUGUCAGCUGUUUUGUGUAGGUAUUAUGUUUGAAAAUGAGUUAGAAGACCAAAUGCAGUUGUCUUUUGUGCUUUUUUUUAAUUGACUUUUAUUUCUAAAAAUGUAAUUCUCAGUACCUCAGCUAAAAUGCUGUGCAAUUAUGUCUCACUGGGGCAUUCAACAGACUCACUGUCAAAACAACCACUUGUGAUUUCUGCUGUUAAAGUUUUGCAGAGGUUUUAGCUAAGUGUGUGUACAUGUGUAAUUGUGGUGCAUAACCUUUCAUGCUUCUGUUUAAAUUGCUUGAAGCGGACCAGCGGUCAUCAAGCUUUCUGUAUCAGCAGAACGAUGGUGCCGCCGCUGUUUGCUAACAUGGUUCACUUUGUGUGUCUCUGCAGGGGGAGGUGGUGCACUGGCUGGCCUGUUGGCUGGAUGCAGCCUGCAGGAAGGGCUCCACUCCCACAGUGGGUAAAGGACUGAUGGAGGGAGGAUCCUUCACUCGUCCAAACUCAGACAUAAAAUAUAAUGAGGCGAAACGAGAGUGGUGUCUUUCAAUGUGUUUACUUCUGAACUGCCAGACCAGACUGCCAAACAUGGGGUAACAGGCAUCCCAUAAUACCUUGCGCAGUCUGAUCCAGUUCUUCUCUAAGAUGAGGAAGUGGGCCGACAUGUCCAACCUCUCGCAGGACUUCAGGCUACAAAUGGAUGGCUGGAGCGAAACUUUGAGGUCUCCACCGUGAUCUUCCGCAAGUUUGAUGUCUUGAUUUAGUAAUGAGUCGUGGCCCCUCCAGUCAGGAAGCAGCAGCGGAGAGCUCUCUGGAUCAGGAGAGGCCCAGGCCGAGGCCCUGUGGUGGGGACACCACCUGCAGGUGGCGCUGGUCAACACGGUGGCCUUCAGGGGCAUCUGGCAGAAGCAGUUUCUGUUCACCAACUCCCAGAACCUGCCCUUCAUCCUGUCUGAUGGGACUCCCAUCAAGGUGCCCAUGAAGUACCAGGCUGCAGAGGUCAGCUUUGGUCAGCUCAGGACGGGAUCGGAUCAGCGCUACACGGUUCUGGAGCUGCCGUUCCUGGGCCGCUCCCUGAGCCUGCAGGUGGUUCUACCCAGCGAGAGGAAGACGCUACUGUCCUCCCUGGAGGCUCAGCUCACACAGCGCCACCUAGCGUCCUGGGACACCGGCCUGUGCAGAACCAGGAUGGACAUCUUCCUCCCAAGAUUCAGAAUGCAGAACAAGUUCAACCUGAGGUCGGUGCUCCCCGCUAUGGGCAUCAGCGACGCCUUCAACCCCACAGCAGCCGACUUCACCGGGAUCUCAGUGGAGGAGGGUCUCUAUGUGUCUGAUGCCUUCCAUGAAGUCAGGAUAGAAGUCACGGAGGACGGGACCAAAGCAGCUGCUGCUACUGGGAUGGUCCUCCUCAAAAGAUCCCGAGAUCCAGUUUUCAAAGCAGAUCGGCCGUUCUUAUUUCUACUGCAACAGGUUCACACAGGUAUUUACUUCACAUCAUACAGAUGUUUUCAAUGUUUUAGUCUAGAAAAGCACCCUAGUCAGGGUAUGCUGUUUGACAUUUUAGUUUUAGUAUGAAAAUAAAUAGAUCUUUGAAUGAGUUGCACUGAUCAGACACUACAGAAAUACUCAGUGGAGCAAACAGGU